UGUACUUGAGAGGGUGAAUUCAUGUGUUCAGCUAUAUUGUUAUGCGGUCAAAAGUGUGCAUCUCUUUGACAUUGAAAUUGCAUUUAUUUACUUUCAGCUGAUAUGAACUUAUUGCCUAAACAAAGGGGUUUCUGCUCAACGAUCUGGAAACAAGGUUACAGGUGUGUGCUGGUAGUGAACGUGUGGUGCAGCAGGCCAGUCUUGGCAGCAUGGUGAAGGCCCAGAAGUCAACUGGGAGGAAGAGCUCUCACUGUCACCGCAGACAGAGUGGUGGUCAGGCGGAGAUGGAGGAAGGCCAGCUCCAGUCAGACACCCAGCGUCCUCACCAAGAACAGCCCAGAGAAGGAGACCAGUCCCCUGAUCAGACCCAGCUCCAGACCUCUGUUUCCGUUGAGGCUCUGUCGGAGAACUUGGACCAGGGGGAACCUCCAGUGGAUGGCCAGGAAAAAGGCGACUCUGCUGCCCAGCUCCAGGCCAAGCUUCUGUGGAAGCCCAUUCCCCCUCUGCUGCCUGUACCUGGGCAACACAGGAGCAAUACCACAGAGGUCAGGGACCAGAGCUGCCAGACUGAGGAACGGCUUCAGCAGACCUGCGCCGGCAGCCAUGGUCAUAACACAGGUCUCUGUGCGGAGCCUGGAGAUCCUCCUCUGCUCCAGCAGCCUCUGCAGACCUCCAAGUCUGGGAUUCAGCAGAUAAUUGAAUGCUUCCGUUCAGGCACCAGCCAGCUGAAACACAUGCUGCUGAGGGAGGUGGACACCAUCUUUGAGUGUAAACUGUGUCGCAGUCUGUUCAGAGGCCUGCCCAACCUCAUCACACAUAAAGAGUACUACUGCCUAUCACGACUGCCUGAACCUGACGGUCCGUCGGGUGACGACAGACAGAGUGUAGCCAUGAAGGAUUUAUUGGACGCCAUAUACCCCAGAGUCGACAGGCCGGACUACGUUGUCCGACUGGAGCCCAUUCAGACCACUACCAAGGCUGUGUUCCAGUAUCUCACCACAGAGGAGGAGCUGGCUAGAUAUCCAUCGCACACGCCCAGCGUCCUUCACAGUGCCAGAGAGAGUCCGGUAGCAUGGGAAGGAGAACCAGUGGACGGUGUGGACAACAACCAGCCGAGCCAGCCAGGAGGGCCAGAGAGCCUCAGUAGCCCGGGACAGGGGCAGAGGAGAUGGGAGGCUGAGGAGGAGGCUAAAAAGGAGCAGCCACAGCAUGAAGACGAGGGGUCCACUAGUGGGGUUGAGGAUGUGACAAUCUCCUGUUGUCUGUGCGGUCAGGACUUUAACUCACGCCGCAGCAUCAGGCGUCACUGCCGAAAGAUGCACCAGACCAAACUGGAAGAGCUGCGGAAGUUCACAGAGACGCGUACCGUUCCCACAAGCCUGCUCUCUAUGGUGAAAGGCCGGCCGAGGACUCUCAGCACACCUACUGGAAAAUCCUGCCCAGUGUGCCUCAAAACCUUUGCAACUAAAGCCAACGUGCGCCGUCAUUUUGACGAGGUGCAUCGCGGCCUGCGGCGGGACACCAUCACAUCCAGCAUCGCCUCGCGGCCCGGCCAGCCCUUCUCUCUGGAGGUCACCCCCCCCCGGAAGAGCAACAAUGCAUCUCCAACACGUAGCACCAAGUCCACGCCCGUGAACUCUAAAACAACGCCUUCGAGCCAAACCCAGUCCAAACCUCAGAGUCAGCUCCCAGCCUCUCCACAGGCGACCCCGGCCUCAUGCCGCUGCACGCUCUGCAAGAGGAACUACAGCUCUCAGCUCAUGUUGAAGAGGCACAUGCGUAUUGUCCACAAAAUAUACAGCAUCAAAAGUAACAGACCUGCUGCCAUGUCAACCUCCUCUACUACAGCAGCCACUCCAAGUAGCAGCGCUAACUUAGGCCCGAGGAACAAUGUCCGAGUGAAAGAAGAAGCUGUAGAGCCUUCAGAUGACGAAGAGGAAGAGGACAUUGACAGCAGUCCAGCCGCGUCUCCUAGUGACAGCACUGGGACAGCUAAAGAUGUUUCCAUGGCACACAACGCCAUGAAGGUGAAGGAGGAGGAGGCCCCGUCGAGCCCAAAGAUGACGUCACCCUCAUCUUCAUCAUCCUCGCGUGGGGGCAACGUGUGCAGCGUUGGCGUGCCCGCCAAAAUGACCAAACUGUCGGUUGGUUUUGACUUCAAGCAGCUCUUCUGCAAGCUGUGCAAGCGUCAGUUUAGCUCACGCCAAAACUUAACAAAGCACAUUGAGCUGCACACGGACGGCAACGACAUCUUCAUUAAAUUUUACCGCUGCCCCCUCUGCCGCUACGAGUCGCGUCGCAAACGUGACGUGCUGCGUCACGUGACUGUGGUCCACAAGAAGUCAUCUGCAUACCUAGCCAAGAUCAUGCCCAAACUGGAGAGCAGGGCUGUGAAGAGGCUGGCUGAGGUAGUCCUCAACAGCACAAACCCCAGCAAGAGGACAAGUGGCAACGUCAAAGAGGAAGUGAACGGACGUCACGUGUCUUCAUCCUCCUCCUCUCCUUCACCUCCCGUCACACGCAAGCAAGAGUGCUCCGCCGCUGCCCCAGUCACGUCGGGCUCCGCCCCCUCUUCCUCCGCCCCGCCUCCUGCCCCCGUUACACGGAAACAGCAGGACCUGUCAUCGUCAGCGCUUGCCCCGUCCCCUCCUGUCACCCGUAAGCAGGAGAGACAGCAGCAUCGCCCCAUAAGCCCGCCGCUGACCCGCCGCAGUGAAAAGCACACACACCAACGCAACUCCUCUUCCACCGCCUCGCCCAGCAGCCAAGCCCCACACACCCGACGACAUGACGUCCAUUCGGAGAGCAGCGCUACAGGGUCGUCCUCCACUGAAGUCAGAGUGACCAAGAAUUUCUCCCUCCACGCCUGCGACCAGUGUGGACGGGCCUUUGCAAAGAAGCUGUACCUGGAGUCUCAUAAGCGAAGUCAUCGUAACGCAGCGACGGCAGCAGCCAACAGGAGGAAAGGGGUCAACACCCGUUCCAAAUCCCUGGUCUGGUGAAACACACACACGUCCCCCUGGGAUAAUGGACGGGCGAGCCACUAAUAACGAAGAAGAGAAUCAAAAGUUUCAUUUGGGGAGGGGGGAGGCUGAACGGAACAAGCACAGAGCAGAGAUGAAGGAAGCAAACAAAAGGAACAACGGUGCACGAUGGAGGAGUGAAGUACAAAGGAUUUCCACCUUUUGCUUUAUAAACAAAUAUAUAUUGUUGGGAUCUGACCUUUUUUCUGUAUAGUUUGAUUAUGAAGCCACAGAGCUUGCUGGAUGGUGGCAGUGAAUUGAAGAUUCACUACUACUGUAUAUAUCUGUAUUUACAACAAUGUGUGUAAAUAUAGAUCCAAAUGCAGAUAUCUGAUUUGUGCUGCUUUGCUCUCGAUAAACCGCCUUUAGCAGAAGGAUGAAGGUACAAAAAGUGUGUGUGUCUGUGAGAGAGAGAAAGAGAGAAAGAGGUAGGGAAUCAGAACUGGAUUGUGGUAUCAAUAGAAAAUAAACUGGAAACAAUCUUUUUUUAAAUUUGUUUUGGAGAAAGCAUAACUUGAUUUGACCCAUGCAGUCCCACAGACAUACACACAACUUCUUUGGGUCCUUGGCUGUUAGCUUUUAUAUUCACACCUUAUAUACUGUGUUGAGGAUGUUAACAAUUUGAUAUAGUCAAGACCUCUUGCUUAACACUACUACAAAUUAUCACCCCUUACCUUUUCCUUCCCCUUGAUUUCCCUGACAUUUUCCCACUGACAAUUGGAGCUCUGCUGUGUCCUGCUAUCUAACAGAGAGAAGCUUCACCCAAAGUGAUUCUGCUGUAAGUCUUAAGGGUUAGAAAUUUAAAAUUAGCAUUUCAUGUAAAUGUUGCUACUGAAAGAUCAGAAUUCUAGUUUUAAUAUUCUUCAUGCAAGCAGUCCACAGUCUGAUUUAAUAGCCUGCUGGAUCUGCUUUGCAGUGACCAACAGCAGCUGAGGUCUUGUAUUACAGGAUGAAAUGCUUGUUAAUUACAGGGUAUGGUCAAAGCAACGGAAACCCCAAAGUUUUGCAGUUUUCCUUAGAAAUUGUGUGUGCGUUUUAAAAACAACUCUAUUAAUUUCCUGCUCUCAAUUGUGUUUUCUUAACUAUCACUGUUAUGUUCUGUCUUUUUUGUUGGACUGCCAGUGAAAAACAUUUGUGAAGGGUGUUUGCUUUGACCGCACCCUGUUUUACCUCUGUAUAUUAAUUUAUUAGUCCCAGCAAUAGUUAGCCCGUUGGUUCUCUUAUAACCAGGCUAUGUGAAGCAAGGCUUCAAUGAGACGACAGUCUGUGUACUGAGGGAGUUCUGUUCUGAAAUAAGGCAAAUUUUUAGGAAAGAAAGUGCCACCUUCACUCACAAAAUAACAAAUUUCAUAAUUAUAAUGAUAUGAAACAGGUGAUACAAUGAUAAUAUAACACUUUUACGCAUGCUUAAUAUAUUAAAUCCCAUUUGCUUUACAUUCAGUUGCUUUCAAAUACGAGUUAUUUUUUAAUAUAACAGCUCAGUUUGACUGUUAACUCCAAGGUGUGUUACCACAGGCGAAACAUUCCGACUAUCAAAUUAACACCAUUAUUACCCCCUACAUGGUAAAUCACCUGUGUUAAUGUGGGAGAAUCCAAUUUUGAGCGAGCACGAAAGAUAAGCCUGCACAUAUUGUUAAGGAGAAAAGUGUUUUUGAAUGAAAUAGCUUUGCAGACAGGUUGCACUGCUUUAGAUAUUAGAAACCAUCAACUGGAAUACUUUAUUUUCUAUGUUAAGUUCAGAAAUCAGUCCUCAAACCUAGCGAUUUAUUGCAAAGCAGACAUAUCUCAGUUGUAGUGGGGCCAAAAUGUGGGAGCUGUAAACAUGGAGGAGGGGGGGGAAAGAAAGCUAUAAUCCCUGUUAAGAUAAAUAGCUCAAUUCUCCAAACUUCAAAGUUUACGUAAACUUUUCGUUCCAUUACCAAACAAUGCAGGGGCUCAUUCGAAUAAACUUUUCUUUACACACUUUGAAUCAGUUUCAUUCAAAGUGUGCUUUCAUGUACUCAAACUUAAUAAGGGGGCUGCAUUUGUUUAACAGCAUCCAGGGGUAGUCUUUGAAACACUGGCAUGUGGGUUGGAAGGAAAGGAUUGAGGAAGACCAAAUGUAGAUAUGUCUUAAUGUUCAGAAAGCCAUGAAAUGGAAUAAAAACCUGAAAAAAGUUAAGACCAAACUUUAUUUUUAUAGCAGAAAAUGCACACAGCAACAAGGUCUUGUACAUAUGCAUCCUACCCAGAUGGUAUAAAUAAUAGUUAUAAUAGUCACAAUAGUUAUUGACUUGUACUUAACUGUUGGUUGACCAUAUGCUUCAAACAUGUCGGACUAGUAACUACUCUGUCACUGUUUAAUACUGAGGCAAGUUUGUGUUGUUCCACAAUGAGUUGUUUUUUUUUGUUUUGUUUUUUUGUAUCUUAUUCCUUUUGUUUGAAGGAGGUUUUGGUAAAAUAAACAGGAAUCAAACCUCAAGAGACUCUUAGGACUUUUCUUUUUCAAUACUUUCAUCAUCAGUUGUAAUUUAAGCUCACCUUCUAGAUAACCUGAGACGAGUUAGAGAAGCCUUUCAGUUGUGACAAGAAUGUUAAAACCAACCACUUCAUAAAUAAAAAUGUACUGCUUCAAACCUCA